AUGAUUCAAACCUUGGAAGAUGUGCUAAGAGCCUGUGCGCUACAGUUUCGGGGAGAUUGGGAUGAUAAACUACCUGUCAUGGAGUGUGCAUAUAAUAAUAGUUAUCAAUCAAGCAUCGGAAUGUCACCCUAUGAUGCCUUGUAUGGAAGGCAACGUAGAACUCCAAUUUAUUGGGAUGAAGUGGGUGAGAAGAGAUUGGAAGUAUCUGAAGAUGUUGAAGCAACAAUGGAGAUGGGGAAGUAUAGCCCUCGUUAUAUUGGGCCAUAUGAGAUUUUGGAGCGUGUGGGCCCAGUGGCUUAUAGACUUGCUUUGCCUUCAGAACUUUCUCAGUUACACGACGUAUUCCACGUCUCCAUGCUCCGAAAGUAUAUUUCAGAUCCUUCUCAUAUUCUGAAGUCGCAACCAAUAGAAUUGAAGGAUGAUUUGAAUUUUGUGGAGCAACCUGUUCAGAUUUUGGACUGGAAAAUACAAGUAUUACGUUCUAGAGAGAUUCCACUUGUGAAAAUCCUAUGGAAGAGUCAUGCGGUAGAAGAGGCCACAUUGGAACCCGAGGAGCAGAUGUAG